AAAAUAUUGGAGAUGUUUAGAUGUAUAUUCUUUUUGUUCAACUUUCUAGAUUACAUGUAAAUAAUAUUUUCAAUUUGAUAGAUACAUGCGCGUUCAUCAACGAAUCGGUUAAUUUAAGAUCGUAAACUGUUUAUAACAUUAUCAAAUGCGAUAAAAUGUAAAAACAAAGCAUAUACGAUUUAUCUUCCACUAAAAGAAAUAUACGAGUUGUAUGUAAGGCGCAUUACUUUUAUGGAAAUAAAAUAAAACUAAUAUGGUUAAAAUCAUAUAUUUCAAAAAAUUUAAUAAAGGAUUAUUAUAACGAUUACUCGAUCAUAAAUAUUUAAAUAUUGUAUUUAAUAAUUUUUUAUAAAAAGUACUUCGUUUAUUGAUUUACUGACUUCCUUACAAUCAUUCAAUCUUUCUUUACCUCACGAAAGAUGAAAUAAUUGGAAAAUCUAAAAGGAAAGAUAUCUUUACAUAAUACUCAUAAUUAUUUCAUGAAAAUAAUAUAAAAUAAAUAUAAGGUAAUAAAAAAAUGUAAGAAAAAAAUGUCGUAUAAAAUUAACAUAUAGAAUUAGUUAUAUAGUUAUAUAAUAUAGUUAUUCUCAAAUAUAAAAAAAAAAGAUUACGUCAAUGGUUUACCUUGCGGACACAUGCUAUAUUAACGAAUAGAAAGUGGAAGCGUCAGUAGUCUAAGAACUUUCGACAGUGCAACAUCUCGAAUUUUUUUCCUCAUAAUUUGUUUUUAGUCAACUAUACGAUGGAUGUCUGGGCAAUGAUCUUGGCCUUCAUAGCAGUGCUACUCAGCAUUUAUUACUAUAUCUUCAAGGAUUUGAACUACUUCAAAAAAAUUGGUUUACCAUAUAUGGAACCAUGGCCGUUAUUUGGAAAUAUGGGACCAGCAAUUUUCCGUCAGAAAACGAUGAUUGAUUUAACUAUAAAUGCUUACAAUCUGCAUCCAAAAGCCAAAUACGUUGGUUUCUUCGAUAUGAAUAAACCGGUUUUACUUAUUCGUGAUCCUGAGUUAAUCAAAAUAAUUGCAGUGAAGAGUUUCGAUAAUUUCAUGGAUCACAGAGGUUUCGUUGACGAGGUACAUGAUCCUUUCUUCGGAAAGAAUUUAUUUUCCCUAAGAGGCGACCGAUGGAGAGAAACUAGAACAAUGUUGAGUCCAGCGUUUACUUUAAGCAAACUAAAAGGAAUGUUCAAAUUAAUGAACGAAUGCGGUGUAGAUUUUACAGAUUGUCUAUUAAAAAUGACAAAGGAUAAAAAAACUAUCGAAAUGAAGGACGUCUUCACGAGAUAUACCAAUGACGUAAUAGCCACAUGUGCAUUUGGCAUCAGUAUGAAUUCCAUGAAAAAUCCGCAAAACGAAUUCUAUAUUCUCGGAAGAGACGCAACAAACUUUAAGGGUAUUAAAUCUCUAAAAUUCUUUCUUAUUCGAUCUUUUCCAAAUAUUGUAAAAUUAUUCAACAUCAAGUUCAUAUCCGGUAAGAUCGAUCAUUGUUUCGAAAAAGUUGUCCAGGCGGUAAUCAACGCUAGAGAACAAAAUAAUAUUGUACGUGCGGAUAUGAUACAACUGAUGAUGGAAGCUAGAAACAAAAAAGCUGAAAUCGGAGAAGAAUUAACUAUGAUGGACAUAGUAGCUCAGGCGUUUAUCUUUUACUUUGGUGGCUUCGACACUGUCUCCACUGCAAUGUGCUUUACUUGUCAUGAAAUUGGUGUCAAUCCUGACAUACAAAAGAGACUUCAGCGCGAAAUCGACGAGGUCAUCGAAAAGACCAAUGGAAACCCAACUUAUGACAUUAUCAACAGCAUGCAAUAUUUAGACGCCGUGAUAAGCGAGUCCCUACGGAGAUAUCCGAUUGCCAUCUUUCUUGACAGAGUGUGCAACGAGGAUUUCGAACUGCCGCCAAGUUUACCUGGAAGUAAACCUUUACUCUUAAAAAAAGGCAUGAUUGUUUGGUUCCCAGUUUCUGCAUUCCAUCUGGACUCGAAAUAUUUCGAGGAUCCGUACAAAUUCGAUCCCGAAAGAUUCAUGAAAUAUGGAAAAGAGAUCAACAAUUCCGUCAUCUACUUACCUUUCGGUUUGGGACCUAGAAUGUGCAUUGGGAGUAGAUUCGUCUUAUUGGAGAUGAAAGUUUUGAUAUUUAAUUUAUUGGCAAGAUGUAAUCUCAAGCCUUCUGUUAAAACCCAGAAUCCUAUUCAGUUAUCCAAGAGAGAAGUCAAUUUGGCCCCUGAAAAAGGUUUUUGGAUGGAUUUAGAGGAAAGAAAGGAAGUUCAUCCGGCUGUUAAAAAUUUCGUCGCUAAUAGCAUUACUAAUGAAGGUAGUAAAAGUGAUGCAUCGACUAAUGAUGUUACUAAUGACCAUGCGAUUAAAGCUUAAGAUAUGAAAAUCAUGAUAAUAAUACUAUUAAGAUUAACUUAAUAAUGUAUACAUAUAAAUGUUUAUAUAUACUUGUCAACGAAAUGUUAGGGAUACUAAAUUUGUAUUAAAUGUUUGUGCAUCGUAUUCCGCAGUAUCAGGGAUUAACGUCAUUUAUAUUAUAUGCAGUUACGCACAUAUCAUCUUGUUAUUGGAUUUCAGAGAAUAAUGUUUCUCUUAUCUUACAACGAUAUAAAUAACUUAUCUUUUCAAUUGAUAUUAUUAUUACUAUCAUUAUUAUGAAAAUAAACAAGAAAAUGUUGCAUUAUUAUGGAAAAAACGAACAUUAUUUACAAAAAUAUAUUCAUCUCCAAGGUAUUGCAGAUGUUUAUAUGUAUAUUCUUUUUUAUUAAAAAUCCGUGAUUGUCAUUUGCCCAACUUUCUUAAUUAAAUGUAAAUAAUCUUUUUAAUUUGAUAGAUAUAUGAGCGUUCAUCAACGAAUUGGUUAAUUUGACAUCGUAAAUUUUGUGUAUCAUUAUCAAAUGCGAUAAGACAUUAAAAGGAAAGCAUAUACGAUUUAUUUUCCUCUAAAAUAAAUAUACGAGUUGUAUGUGAGGCGUAUUACUUUUAUGGACGAUUAAUAAAUGAUUAAAAUCAUA